AGAAAGGACACCAGCUUGGAAUCAGUUCGGACCUGUGUCUGCUGCACAGCUGAAUCCCUGGGAAACUCUUUUAGUGUAGCAUGGCGGAAAGAACAAUGAGUAUGCCCACACAAAUACCUGCUGAUGGAGAUACACAAAAAGAAAAUAAUAUUCGUUGUUUAACUACGAUUGGACAUUUUGGUUUUGAAUGUUUGCCCAAUCAGUUGGUGAACAGAUCUAUCCGACAAGGAUUCACUUUUAAUAUUCUCUGUGUGGGGGAAACUGGAAUUGGAAAAUCAACACUGAUUGACACAUUGUUUAAUACUAACUUGAAAGAUAACAAAUCCUCACAUUUUUACUCAAAUGUUGGACUUCAAAUACAGACAUAUGAACUUCAGGAAAGCAAUGUUCAGUUGAAAUUGACUGUUGUGGAGACAGUGGGGUAUGGUGAUCAAAUAGACAAAGAGGCCAGCUACCAACCAAUAGUUGACUACAUAGAUGCCCAAUUUGAGGCCUAUCUUCAAGAAGAACUGAAGAUUAAACGUUCCUUGUUUGAGUACCAUGAUUCUCGCAUCCACGUGUGUCUUUACUUCAUUUCACCUACAGGACAUUCCCUGAAGUCUCUUGAUCUAUUAACAAUGAAGAACCUUGACAGUAAGGUGAACAUUAUACCACUGAUUGCCAAAGCAGACACAAUUUCUAAAAAUGAUUUACAGACGUUUAAGAGUAAGAUAAUGAGUGAAUUGAUUAGCAAUGGCAUCCAGAUAUAUCAGCUCCCAGGAGAUGAAGAAACUGCUGCUCAAGCAAACUCCUCAAUUAAUGCGCUGUUACCCUUUGCUGUGGUGGGGAGUAUGGAUGAAGUGAAAAUUGGAAAAAGGAUGGUCAGAGGCCGUCACUACCCUUGGGGAGUUUUGCAAGUGGAAAAUGAAAAUCACUGUGACUUCGUAAAGCUCCGAGAUAUGCUUCUUUGUACCAAUAUGGAAAAUCUAAAAGAAAAAACCCACACUCAGCACUAUGAAUGUUAUAGGUACCAAAAACUGCAGAAAAUGGGCUUUACAGAUGUGGGCCCAGACAACCAGCCAGUUAGUUUUCAAGAAAUCUUUGAAGCCAAAAGACAAGAGUUCUACGAUCAAUGUCAGAGGGAAGAAGAAGAGUUGAAACAGAGAUUUAUGCAGCGAGUCAAGGAGAAAGAAGCAACAUUUAAAGAAGCUGAAAAAGAGCUGCAGGACAAGUUCGAGCAUCUUAAAAUGAUUCAACAGGAAGAGAUAAGGAAGCUCGAGGAAGAGAAAAAACAACUGGAAGGAGAAAUCAUAGAUUUUUAUAAAAUGAAAGCUGCCUCUGAAGCACUGCAGACUCAGCUGAGUACCGAUACAAAGAAAGACAAACAUCGUAAGAAAUAAUAGUUUCUCUUACUAUUCUGUUUGAGAGCCUUAUCAUUCUACAUCCCAACUUUCUGUGAGAUUGUCUUUGUAGCAUUUAACUCUGAUUGAAAUUCUCAUUUUAAAAAUUGGCUUGCUUAUUGUAUAUUUUCCCCAACUAAAGUGUGAACUCCUAGCAGGGCGUGGUGGCUCAUGCCUAUAAUCCCAGCACUUUAGGAGGCUGACGCAGGUGGACCACCUGAGGUCAGGAGUUCAAGACCAGCCUGACCAAAAUGAUGAAACCCUGUCUUUACUAAAAAUACAAAAAUUAUCUGGGCAUGGUGACUGGUACCUGUAAUCCCAGCUACUUGGGAGGCUGAGGCAGGAGAAUCACUUGAACCUCGGAGGUGGAGGUUGCAGUGAGCCAAGAACUCACCAUUGGACUCUAGCCUGGGUGACAAGAGCAAAACUCCGUCUCAAAAAAAAAAAAAAAAAAAAA